AUGGCAGCCGGUAGUCGCAUUCGAGAGUUCAACCUCAGUGAAAACUCGUCGUGGGUGGAGUAUGUCGAGCGCAUUGAGUUGUAUUGUGCAGCGAGCAAGCUCACAACGGGUGAGGACAAGCGAGCGGUGUUGCUCAGCUGCUGUGGCCCAGAGACGUACUCCCUCAUAGCCACUCUCGUGAAGCCGUCGCGACCGCCAAACGUGGACUACCAAGUCAUCGUUGAUGCAGUAAAGAAGCACGUCAACCCGAAGCCAUCUGAACUAUACGCGAGGUACGUCUUUUCUAAGCGAGACCAGCAAGAAGGGGAGGGCGUAGCCGACUAUGUCACUGCUCUGCGCAAGUUAUCCGAGAACUGUGGAUUUGGCGGAACAAAAUUUCCAUUUGAGGAAAUGUUGCGCGACCGGUUGGUUUUUGGAAUCUCGGACAAUGUGGUUCAACAACGAUUGUUGGCGGAAAAAAAUUUGACGUUCGAGACGGCAUAUGAAUUGGCAAUCACGGCAGAAGCAGCUGUCAAGCAGCAAAAAGUAAUUCGGAGCAACGCACAGGAGCCCGAAUUCCAGCAAGAGUUAACGUCGAAAGUAGAAAUGGAAGUCAACAAGAAGCAACCAGAGAGGCAGAGGGUUUGUUUCCGCUGUUUGGGAGCGCAUCCAGGAUGGCGUUGCAGAUACAAAGAUUCGGUGUGUUUCAACUGCGGCGGAAAGGGGCAUUUAGCCAAAGCAUGCCGAAAAAAGCCAGCGGAGGUGGAAGCGCAGCUCGAGGAUAACAAAAAAGCAGCGAAGAGCGAGUACGACGAUUUGUUCAGUAUCAGCCAAUUAAAAAGCGGGACGCCAAAGUACGUCAUCACUGUAGAGAUCGGGAAUGAAAUCGUGCCGAUGGAAGUAGAUUCUGGAGCGGCCAGGUCGAUUAUCAGUAUGAACGAAUUUCGGAAGCUGCAAGUGGCGAAGCGGAUCAAGCUGGACAAGUGCGACACGCAACUGGUGACCUGGACAAAGGAAGGUCUGGACGUGCUGGGAAAAGCGUCUGUGCCCGUGAAGUUCAAAGACCGAAAAUUUCAGCUGCCGCUACUAGUACUGAAGAACGACGGGAACGCUCUACUGGGCCGAAAUUGGUUCCAGCCAUUGGGAAUCAGCCUAACAGGUCUUCAUAACAUAAAGGUCGGACCUCAAGCGAUAAUGGAAAAAUUCGCAGACGUGUUCAGUGAAACAUUUCCAGGCGCAAAUCUGCCACGCAUCCACAUCGAACUAAAGAAGGCCGCCCAAGCCCGGUUCCUGAAGUGCCAGAGCAUUCCGUUUGCCAUGAAGGAGGAAGUAGUUGCUGAGUUAAAUCGCUUGGAGGAACUGGGAAUUCUAAAACCCACCCAAUAUUCAGACUGGGCAACGCCAAUCGUCGUGGUGCGAAAGAAGGACGGCUCCCUACGAAUAUGCGGAGAUUAUAGGAGCACGGUGAACCAGUCCGUAAAAAGUAAUGUAUACCCGUUACCCACAAGCAAAGAACUGUUUGCCCGAUUAGGAAGGGGGCGUGUUUUUUCCAAACUCGACCUGACGCAGGCUUAUCAGCAACUAUUAGUGGAUGAAGAAACGGCGGAGUUGCUCACGAUAAAUACCGUGCAAGGGCUGUACAGGGUUUGUCGGCUGCCGUUCGGCGUGUCCGUUGCCCCUGGGGUGUUCCAAAGAACCAUGGACAUGGUGUUGGCCGGAAUGCCGCAAGUAGCGGUAUAUCUGGAUGAUAUCCUGAUUGCCAGCGAGUCUAUCGAGGAACAUGAACGGAUGCUUGCCGAGGUCCUCAGCCGAUUGUCCAAAACCGGGCUCCGAGUUCAAGCGGCGAAGUGCGAAUUUUUCAAGGAGAGCCUUGAGUUUCUGGGGCAUCGAAUUGACGCUAAGGGCAUCUACCCCUCGAAAGCAAAGGUUGAGGCCAUCCACCAGGCUCCUGCUCCGAAGAACAAAAAGGAACUGCAAGCCUUUUUAGGUAUGAUCAAUUUCUAUAAUCGUUUUUUGAAGGGCAGGACAGAAGUAGCUGAAAAAUUGUAUCGGUUGUUGGAUAACAACGUACCAUGGAACUGGUGUUCAGAGCACAUGGAAGCGUUCGAGAGCCUGAAGAAGUUGCUGACCUCUAACUCGUUACUGGUGCAUUUUAUACCUGAUGCCCCAUUAGUGUUGUCAAGCGACGCGUCAUCUGUGGGAGUGGGGGCAGUUUUGUCUCACCGCGACAACGAAGGAAAUGAGCAGCCUGUGGCCUAUGCGUCUCGAACAUUAUCUAAGGCUGAGCGUAAUUAUGCUCAGAUCGACCGUGAAGCUCUUGCCGUGGUUUUUGGGGAGACUGAAGUACCGGGUGACAUACUCCUACUGGAAGCUGUGGAGUACCCUCCAGUGAGCGCACGAGAAGUGGCAGCGUACACCAGCACUGAUCCCCAGCUGUCCCAAGUGAAGAAAUGGAUCCUAGAGGGUUGGCCACGCGAGCGAGUAGCCCCGGAGUACUCUGCGUAUGAGCACUCUACGCCACACUCCGAAACCGGCAAAUCACCUGCAGAAGUCAUGCUGGGUCGGAACUUCAGGACGGCCAUAUCGACCCUUCAACGGGACGAGAGCGAAGCAAGAUGCCUGCUGCCGCCUCCACAACGUGGGUUCCUGCCGGGUGAUACUGUGUACGCGAGAAACUUCCGGCCCGGCCCCGAGUGGGUUCCUGGUCGUGUGUUGCGACGUUUGGGCCACGUCAUGUACGAGCUGCGGACUGCAGACGGUACUGUGCACCGACGCCACCGGGACCACGUGUGCCGAGCAUGGCACGAUGAGCCCGGAGGCCAUGAAACGUCGCCCUCUUUUGCGCUCCCGGAUACACCAAGCCCCACCCUGGGACCUGUCGGGCCUGAGACGCCGCAGCCUCUCAGGCGUUCCACUCGCCAACGCCGCCCAGUGCGACUUUACGGCAUCGAUGACUAA